AUAGUUUCCAUGCAGUGGUGAUUUAUGGAAAACAUUUUUCUUCCAAACUGCCCAAACAACUUGGACAGGACUUAAACAUACAGAAGGGAAGAUAAAGAAAAAAGGUAACUAUGGGGAAAAGAGUGGCCAUCAUCGGAGCUGGAGUCAGUGGCUUGGCCUCCAUCAGAAGCUGUCUGGAAGAGGGGCUAGAGCCCACCUGCUUUGAGAGGAGUGAAGACAUCGGGGGCCUGUGGAAAUUCUCGGAGCAUGCAGAGGAAGGCAGAGCUAGCAUUUACCAGUCUGUCUUUACCAACUCUUCCAAAGAGAUGAUGUGUUUCCCAGACUUCCCAUAUCCUGAUGACUUCCCCAACUUUAUGCAUAAUAGCAAGCUCCAGGAAUACAUCACUGUAUUUUCCAAAGAAAAGAACCUCCUGAAAUACAUACAAUUUAAGACUCUUGUAUGCAGUGUAAAUAAACGUCCUGAUUUCUCAGUCUCCGGCCAAUGGGAUAUUACCACUGAAAGGGAUGGUAAAAGAGAAUCAGCUACCUUUGAUGCUGUACUGAUUUGUUCUGGACACCAUGUGUACCCCAAUCUACCAGAAGAGUCCUUUCCAGGACUAAAACUUUUUAAAGGCAAAUGUUUCCACAGCCGGGAAUAUAAGGAACCAGGAAUAUUCAAGGGGAAGCGAGUUCUGGUGAUAGGCCUGGGGAAUUCAGGCUGUGAUAUUGCUACGGAACUCAGCCACACAGCUGAACAGGUCAUCAUCAGUUCCAGAAGUGGCUCCUGGGUGAUGAGCCGGGUCUGGGAUGAUGGUUAUCCAUGGGACAUGAUGUUCAUCACUCGAUUUGAAACCUUCCUCAAGAACAGCUUGCCAACAAUCAUCUCUGACUGGUGGUACAUGAAGCAAAUGAAUGCAAGAUUCAAGCAUGAGAACUAUGGCUUGAUGCCUUUAAAUGGAACCCUGAGAAAAGAACCUGUGUUUAAUGACGAGCUCCCAGCUUGCAUUCUGUGUGGCACGGUGUCCAUUAAGCCUAAUGUGAAAGCAUUCACUGAGACUUCAGCCAUUUUUGAGGAUGGGACAGUGUUUGAGGCCAUCGAUUGUGUCAUUUUUGCAACAGGCUAUAAUUAUGCCUACCCCUUCCUUGAUGAGUCCAUCAUUAAGAGCAAAAACAAUGAGAUCACCUUGUUUAAAGGCAUUUUCCCUCCUAAAUUGGAAAAACCGACCAUGGCAGUGAUUGGUUUUGUCCAGUCCCUUGGGGCUACCAUUCCCACAACUGAUCUGCAAGCCCGCUGGGCAGUACAAGUAAUAAAAGGAACUUGCACUUUGCCUUCUGUAACAGACAUGAUGAAUGAUAUUGAUAAAAAAAGGGAGGGAAAGCUCAAAUGGUUUGGCACCAGCGAGACAGUACAGACGGAUUAUAUUAGUUAUAUGGAUGAACUUGCCUCCUUCAUUGGGGCAAAGCCCAAUAUCCCGUGGUUGUUCCUCACAGAUCCCAAAUUGGCUGUGGAGGUUUUCUUUGGCCCUUGCAGCCCAUACCAAUUUAGGCUAGUGGGCCCAGGGAAGUGGCCAGGAGCCAGAAAUGCCAUCCUGACCCAGUGGGACCGGACCCUGAAACCCAUGAAGACAAGAGCUGUUGGGAACCCUCAGAAACCUUGCAUGCUUUGCCAUUUGGUCAAGCUCUUUGUUCUUCCUGUUCUGUUCAUUGCUGUUUUCCUCGCAUUGAUCUAAUUAUCAUUCCCCACAGGAUUCUGAAAGUUACUGAUGAUACCCAGGAUAGAACUCUCCUAUUUAAAAAAUAAGAAUUUCACACCUCCUACUUUCCUAUUCAGCAGGCAUUCGUCAGUAACACAGUACUAUUUCCAGGCUUUCAAGUAAGCCCCUUUAAGAAUCAAAUCACGACCUAAAGACAGCAUUAAUCACUUUUCUUUAGGUUCCACUAACAUUUCAUAAUCAGAACUAUGCUUUUCACCACUAACCUCAAGCAUCUCCUGAAACAUUGCGAUGUGAUUCCUUUUCUCCUUUAAUCAAAGUUUGAAAUACAUGCUUCAAACUUAAACAAAGAGCAAACUCAGCAGAGUAGUUAUGAUAUUCUCCAGCCACUUCUGAAAACCAUUUGCAGGAGAAUCAAGUAGAGAAUUUGGCUUUUAAUUCUAUUUUUGUUUUAUGCCAAAUCCUCCAGGCAAUAUGUCCUGAUUCCUGGCCAAAAAUUAUAGCAUGGAUGGGGAUCCCUGGGUGGCUCAGCAAUUUGGUGCCUGCCUUCAGCCCUGGGUGUGAUCCUGGAGACCGGGGAUCAAGCCCCACAUAGGGCUCCCUGCAUGGGGCCUGCUUCUCCCUCUGCCUGUGUCUCUGCCUCUCUCUCUCUCUCUCUCUGUGUCUCUCUCAUGAAUAAAUAAAUAAAAUCUUAAAAAAAAAAAGUAUAGUAUGGAGACCUGGUCUAUAAUGAAAGUUAACAAGAAGUAACAUUAAUGGACUGAUAAAGGAUAUAAUAUUCUUCUCAAACUUAUGUAGCCAACACAUUCUCUUAAUGUCCUAUUAAUGUCAAUCUUUCUCCAUACUUAAGACAUGAAUUAUUUUAACUAUUUUUGAUGUCUUAAUUACUUCUUUAUUAACAGCGAUGAUUUUUGAUCACUCAUUUUUGCUCUCAAGUUUUACUGAUAAAAUUAAAUAUAUAUUUAUGUCUUAAAAGAUAUACAAUUUGAACAUAUGAAGCACAAAAGAUCUUUUCACUCCCAAUUUCAUCUCAUCAUAUCUAUAUUCUCAAUAAGGACAC